GUCUGCCUGCGCGCAUAAGUGCAGCUCUCCGACCAUCUGGCCACAGCCGCGCCAACUUCGUCAUUGGUGCCCCGUCAAAGACGGCCGCCACCUUGACCACCGCACGCCUCACCCCACCACGCCCUAGACGCAGCCAUGCUCGACACCUUCGAGAUCGUCACCACGUCCGGCGUCGUGCUGUGGUCGCGCACAUACGUCCCCGUCGGCGCCAACGUCAUCAACAGUUUAAUUCGCGAGGUCUUCAUCGAGGAGCGCACACUGCCGCAGUCCGAGGACAGCGGGUCGAAGCCGACGUACAAGAAGGAGGGCUACACGGUCAAAUGGACGCAGGCGAAAGAUCUGGGGCUCAUAUUCGUCGCCGUCUACCAGAGCCUGGUGCACCUGACCUGGAUCGACAAGCUGCUCGACAAUGUGCGCGCGCUGUUCGUCGGCCUGUACGGCGAGCAGCUGCAGACGGAGCUGAGCAGCGUCGUCAAUUGCGACAAGUUCGGGCCCUACUUCGACCGCCAGAUGCAGGAGCUUGAGGGUCAGAGCGACUCGAGCGCCCCGGGCAUCAAGAUCACCACCCCCGACUCCAGCAUCGACAACGACAGCGCCGAGGAGAGCGCGCCGCCCGUCAAUCUGCACAAGACCCCGCAGCGCGCCCUGUUCGACACGAGCGCCGACUCGACCCCCGUGCAGACCCCCGACACCUCGCGGCCCGGCACCCCCGCAAGCCACCUCCUCGCCGCGAAGGGGCGGCCCGCCGGCGCAAAGAUGUCGCGCAGAGACCGCAAGAAGGCGUCCGGCAGCCCGGCGCCAGUCUCGUCAGGUGACGAAGCCUCGGCGAAGCGCAAGGGCAAGAGCACCAAGAAGAACCGCACGUGGGGCGAGCUAGGCGCGGAAGAGGAGGACGGCGACAUGGUGCUCGACUACUCGCAGUCAGACAUCCGCGACAGCGCCGCCGACGCCGAGCUGGACGAGAUCCACCAGGACACAUGGGGCCGCAAGACCACCAAGGGCGAGUUCGUGCUCAAGGACCUCGACGAGGAGAUGGACGCCAUCAUCCAGGAGCAGAACGCGAAGAAGGACAAGGCCGCGACCGCAGCAGCAGGCGGCAUUGUCGGGUCAAGUCUGGGCGCGAUCGGAGGAUACUUCCGGAGUGUCGUGGGCGGCAAGACGCUUACAAAGGAGGACCUCGCCAAGUCCCUCAAGGCCAUGGAGGAGCACCUCCUCAAGAAAAACGUCGCCCGCGAAGCCGCCGUCCGGCUGUGCGAAUCCGUCGAGCGCGACCUCGUCGGCAUGAAGACGCCCUCCUUCACAACCAUCGAAUCCACCCUCCGCACCUCCAUGGAAAAAGCACUAACCCGCAUCCUCACCCCCACCUCCUCGCUCGACCUCCUCCGCGAAAUCGCCAGCGUCCAAAAAUCCCGCGCCCGACCCUACGUACUCUCCAUCGUCGGCGUAAACGGCGUCGGCAAAUCCACAAACCUGUCGAAAAUCGCUUUUUUCCUGCUGCAAAACCACCACAAGGUGCUCAUCGCCGCCGCCGACACCUUCCGCUCGGGCGCCGUCGAGCAACUGCGCGUCCACGUGCGCAACCUGCACGAGCUGAGCCGCCGCGAGGGCGGCAGCGUCGCGCUUUUCGAGAAAGGGUAUGGCAAAGAUGCGGCGCACAUCGCGGCCGACGCGGUCGCGCACGCGCAGCGCGAGGGCUACGGCGUCGUGCUGAUCGACACCGCGGGGCGGCGGCACAACGACGCGCGGCUGAUGAGCUCGCUGGAGAAGUUCGGGCAGAUGGCGGCGCCGGAUAAGAUUCUCAUGGUCGGGGAGGCGCUGGUGGGUACCGAUAGCGUCGCGCAGGCGAGGAACUUUAAUGCGUCGUUUGGGCCCGGGAGGAAUCUGGAUGGGUUUAUUAUCAGCAAGACGGAUACCGUGGGGGAUAUGGUGGGCACGCUGGUGAGUAUGGUGCAUGCGACGGGGAUCCCGGUGGUGUUUCUGGGGACGGGGCAGCACUAUAGCGAUUUGCGGAACUUGAAUGUCGGGGUUAUCACGCGGUUGCUGAUGUCGUAG